CCCGGCUCGGUGGGUGGCCCCCGGUGCCCGGCUCGGUGGCCCCGGUGCCCGGCUCACGGCCGCGCUUCUCUUGCAGCGUGUGUCUGCGAGAAGAACAAGCGCGUUACCAACUGCAGGUUGCAGCCCGACGGCCUGUGCCGCUGCGAGGCCAUCGGCUCCGGUGUCACCGUGGACUGCAACACCCUGACUUCAAAAUGCCUGCUAAUGAAAGCAGAAGUGAUGGGCUCAAAAUCUGGUCGUCGUGAAAAACCAAAAGAUGCAUUUGAAGAUACCGAUGGCCUCUAUGAUCCUGAGUGUGAAAACAGUGGUGCUUUCAAGGCAAAGCAGUGCAAUGGAACCACCUGUUGGUGUGUGAAUACAGCUGGAGUUAGAAGAACUGACAAACAUGAUGCAGACUUGAAGUGCAAUCAAUUAGUCAGAACGAUGUGGAUCAUUAUUGAAAUGAAACAUGCUGAGAGAGAUGCUCCUCUGAAUGCUGAAUCUUUAAAGAAGUUUUUCACGGAUACCAUUACCAGUCGUUACCAGCUGAAUGGCCGCUAUAUAGCCAGUGUUCUGUAUGAAAACCCUUACAUUACUAUUGAUUUGAAGCAAAAUUCCUCAGCCAAAUCGUUUGGAGAUGUGGAUAUAGCUGAUGUGGCCUACUACUUUGAAAAAGAUGUGAAAGGUCAGUCCAUCUUUCAUAAUGAUGCUGGGCUAAACGUCAGCAUUGACAACCAACCAGUGAAGCUUGAGAAGACGGUGGUCUACUACGUUGAUGAAAUAGCACCCGAGUUUUCCAUGAAGUCUCUGACUCCUGGCCUUAUUGCUGUCAUUGUAGUGGUAGUAAUAGCAAUAGUGGCUGCAAUUGUUGUUCUGGUCCUCACAAGGAGGAGGAAAGGGAAGUACGUGAAAGCUGAGGUGAAGGAAAUGAACGAAAUGCAUAGAGGACUGAAUGCUUAACUAAAUCAACUGAAGACAAGCCACAUUCAAGCAAGAAGACAACAAAAACAUUGGAGGCAUGAAUCUUAACUCUUAAAAGUUUCCUCCUGAAAGGGAGGCUAUUGUGCUCACUUAAUGAUUGUUAAAACUUUUAACAACCAAGACUGAUAACUAUUCAACUACUUUUACUAUUUGUUGAGAGUUAAAUGUACCAUCUUACUCAAGUAAAACUUAUUAUUGCUCCCUGAUUUUAUUUUUUUAUGAUGAUGAAACGAGUUGACAACUGCUGUUACUAGGGUUUUGGAGCAUACAUGCCUAAAUGCUUAUUUUACCCUUAUGGGAGUUCUAUUGAAAGUAAUGAUUUUGUAGCCAUGUUAUAAUGAGAUUGUCUGCUGUAUAACUGAACACAACGUUUUUAUGGCAGUUUGUACAUAUUUGAAGUUGCUGUAACUUUUUUAUGACUUGAAUUAAUAAAACUUUGAAACAGG